AUAUAAAAGCUUCUCUACCACAUAUACCAAACCUUUCUGCAAUAGCAGCUGCCAGUGAGAGAGGAGGAAGAUGGUUUCGCUGAAGCUCCAGAAGCGGCUCUCCGCGAGUGUUCUCAAGUGUGGACGAGGCAAGGUCUGGCUUGAUCCUAAUGAAGGAAACGAAAUCUCCAUGGCCAACUCUCGCCAAAACAUCCGAAAGUUGGUCAAGGAUGGUUUCAUCCUCAGGAAGCCAACCAAUAUUCAUUCUCGUUCCCGUGCUCGCCGCAUGAAGGAGGCCAAAAGAAAGGGUCGUCACUCUGGAUAUGGUAAGCGUAGGGGUACAAGGGAGGCUAGGCUGCCCACCAAGAUCCUGUGGAUGAGGAGGAUGCGUGUUCUUAGGCGGUUGCUUCGCAAGUACCGAGAGUCAAAGAAGAUUGACAAGCAUAUGUACCAUGACAUGUACAUGAAGGUGAAGGGUAAUGUUUUCAAGAACAAGCGUGUGUUGAUGGAGAGUAUUCACAAGUCUAAGGCCGAGAAGGCAAGAGAGAAGACUUUGUCCGAUCAGUUUGAGGCUAAGAGGGCAAAGAACAAGGCCAGCAGGGAGAGGAAGUUCGCUAGAAGAGAGGAACGUUUGGCCCAGGGCCCUGGAGAGAAAGUGCCAGCAGCAACACCUGCCCCACCUGCUGCUGUGGUAACUCAACCUACACAGGGAGCUAAGAAACCUAAGAAGUGAAACCUAUGAGAAGUGCAUCGGAGGAUUGUAUUGACUAUGGAUGAUGGUCCUUGCGCUCUCUCUCACUUUUUUAGGAUAGUUUUGAAGAAUCAAUUCUGUUUGUUUUGGACCUUUUUACUUGAUAUUCUAGAUGAAAGGAGUUACAAAAUCUUUCUACUUUUGCCUAAUUUAAUAUUUUGCUUUUUGAUUUUUGUCAAUCUAAUUAUUUAUUUGGUUUU